CUUAAAUUGUAUUUUAAUAAUGAUUGUUAUGCAUAAUCUUAUUUGUCUCAUAAAUAAUAUUUUGUUUGUAAAAGGUAGUCUGAAAUUCCCCAUACUUCCAAUUGAUCACAUUGUCCUUUCGUGCCAGAUCUGUGUGCAGAAUAUUUUAUUGAUUAAAUGAAGACAUCCUUUCAGUUACCGUUUUUGUUUUAUUUCAGAAUUGAUGGAACCUCCGCCCCGAUUAUAUACUUAUAAGGGUUUAUUCACUGAAAGUCGGUCGCUGGACUUAACACUAAAAAUUGUAUCGACCGUACUGUCUUUUCUAGUCUUUUUAUUCUUAAUAGCGUGGCGUAUUUCAAAAAGACAUUAUAAUAAUCCGCCGAUAGAUAAGCGUUUACGUUUUAACAGUUUCAACGAUCUAUGCAAAAAUGGAUCGUUCAGCUUGACAUCAUUCUAUGCAUCUAGGAGACAAAAGUUUCCCCUGGUAAGGGGUUACUUAAAUAAACAAAAGGUUCUUUUUGUUGAAGAUUGGAAAGUAAUCACUCUUUACAAUCAGUUUCCUUUGUUAGAUCUACACUAUUCCUCAGCCCCAAAAUCAUUUAGACGAAAAUGGUGUGGCCUAAUGAUUGCUGAUGAUACUUUACAGUUUAGAUCUGAAUUGAUUGAGUUGGUGUUGUUGGCGUUCAAUAGUUUACCAAUUAAAAUAUUCGAGCGUACCGGCCAUUUAGGAGCUGAUCCUCAAUUACUUGGCUCUAUAUUAGUUAGUACUAACAACUGUGCAAGAUUUGAAAAACGUUUAGACAUAUGGAUAUGUAGUGUAUAUUCAGAAGUUUUUUUUUUCGGUCCAUCAGAAAUUUUUUGCGAAACUGCCUCAGACAAUACAUUUCGUUUUGGAAGAGAAAAAUUCAUUCUAGAUCUAAGAAAGUGCAUAAUCUCACUGGAAUCCUUACAUACACAUGGGAACUUUAUAGAAGAGUCAAAUGUAUUUAAAGCAAUCUUACAGCCAUUUCUUAACAACCCAUCAACCCAUAAUACGAAUGAGUUAAUAACUAUGUUUCACAGUCUUAUAAAUCCUUUAAUUCAUUAUUAUUUGGAUAAAUUUUUGAAUAGUGAAGAAAGAAAAGAAAAUACUAACAAUCCAGAUGGUAAUCUGGAAUAUUUACAAAGAAGCGAGAAACCAACAAAUCUAUUACUACAACUCAUUAAUACAUAUCACUAUUUGAAAGAGGAAGGAAGUUCCAAUGAAUUCCUAACACUAACACAUAUUAUUCAUUUACUUGGUGAAUGUUGUUUAAUAACUAGGUAUACAAUGAAUAAGACUUUAAAAACUCUAUUGACGAUUCUAGCUAUUAAACCAAAAUGGCAAGAUAAUGUAAGAAAAGAAUGUAAACAAUUUUUAGAAAUCCAAUAUAACCAUAAAACACAAAGAUCUGCGUCAUUAUGCAGCCAUCCUUUAUCAUAUCUUUGCAUGUCUUUGGAGCACACAAAAUGUUUGGUUUGGACAAAGGCCUUAAUUCAAGAGACGCUGCGUUUAUGUGUACCUGGUUGGCCUUUUGGUUCUUUGCGUCAAGCCCUCCGCGAUGGGGAAAUACUAAACCAAGACAUUGCUGAAGGAGAACUAGUGCUUUUUGAUGAGCCUUCGUACUACUCAGAUCCAGAUUUAUGGGCUGCUGAUGAGACUGGAGAAGGGCCUACCAAAUAUCAACCUCACAGAGUAUUUGAUCCAAAUCGCUUCAUUGAAAAACUACCUAUUGCAGGAAAUUCGACAAUGUUAGAGUUAAGUUUACCUGCACAUUGGGCACGCAAUGUUUUUCAAAGAUACACUGUAUGUGUACCCUAUCAAUUCAUUUAUCUUAUGCUGACUACAACUUUGGUACAUUUUUUCGGAACUGCUUGGGAAUCAUAUCUAACAGAUGACCAAAUCAAACCUGAUUACACUGACGAUUUUUUAAUAUGGUCCAAUGAUUUACCUAAAGCCGAUCUUCGAAUCAAUUUUCCUUAA